GUUGUCAUAGCAACGGAGACUAGCAGGCGAACAAAACAGAAGUAGAAGUAGCAGCUAGUAAGAGGGGUGAUAUACCACAAAUACUUUCCACGUGAGAAUUUUUGCAUAUUUGGGUGCACAGUGUACAGAGUGCGUUUGGAAAUCUAGUUCAGAAAUGAAAUACGGUUGGUUUAUUAUAAAACAUUGUAGGAGCUGUUUUGGGUCUCAAGUUCCUACACGGAUUAUUAGAAGUGAAAGAUUGUUCAGUUCCACUACUAGUGGAACCAGUCAUUAUGAUGUCAUUGUUGUUGGGGGAGGUCACGCUGGAACUGAGGCUUGCGCCGCUGCAGCGAGAAUGGGAUGCAAAACCUUAUUACUCACACAUAAACUGGAGACAAUUGGGGAAAUGUCAUGUAAUCCAUCGUUUGGUGGAAUUGGGAAAGGACACCUGAUGAGAGAAGUUGAUGCUUUAGAUGGGGUCUGUGGAAGAAUUUGUGAUUUAUCUGGAAUCCAGUACAAGAUUCUAAAUAGGAGGAAGGGGCCGGCCGUUUGGGGUCCACGGGCACAAAUCGAUCGCGAUCUGUACAAAAAACAUUUGCAAGCGGAGUUGUUCCGAACACCCAAUCUUGAAAUAAGAGCCGCAGCAGUAGAAGAUUUAAUUGUUGAGAAAAAGGAUGGCCAUGAAACCUGUAUGGGUGUUUUGCUAGCUGAUAAUACAAGAGUAUCCAGUCGAUCGGUAGUGAUCACAACUGGCACAUUUCUUCGUGGUCAAAUCAACAUAGGGCUGGAAACUUACCCGGCUGGUCGAAUGGGAGACAAGCCGGCAAUCGGUCUAUCCCACACUCUAGAGCGAUUGCAGUUUAAGCUAGGUCGGCUGAAAACUGGAACUCCGCCCCGUUUAGAUGGUCGGACAAUUGACUACUCCGUUUGCUCCAUCCAAGAAGGAGAUGACCCACCGGCACCUUUCUCAUUCAUGAAUGAACGAGUAUGGAUUGAGGCUAAAGAUCAAGUCAAGUGCUACAUUACCCAUACUUCACCAGAGAUGGAACGUAUAAUCUUAGAUAACCUUCACUUGGAUCGUCACGUCCAAGAAGAAACGCGUGGGCCACGCUACUGCCCCUCCAUCGAAUCAAAAAUGUUGAGAUUUGGUGGAAGACGGCAUCAAAUAUGGUUGGAGCCCGAAGGCCUUAAUAACAACGUCGUGUACCCGAACGGACUCUCUUGUACUCUUCCAGCGAAUUUACAAUUCCAAAUGUUAAGAACUAUUCCUGGAUUAGAGAAAGUUGAGAUGAUUCGGCCUGGCUACGGCGUUGAAUACGAUUACAUUGACCCUCGGCAAAUCCGUAAAACAUUAGAGACCAAACCAGUAAAAGGACUUUUCUUUGCCGGCCAAAUCAAUGGAACUACUGGCUAUGAGGAAGCGGCUGCGCAGGGGAUUGUUGCGGGUAUUAAUGCAGGUCUCAAAGUUAAAGAGCAGCCUGGCUUCACAAUAGAUCGAACGGAAGGCUAUAUUGGUGUUCUAAUCGAUGACUUGACUCGAAUCGGUGCACCAGAACCUUAUCGAAUGUUUACGUCACGAGCUGAAUUUAGACUUUCCUUACGUCCGGAUAAUGCAGAUUUUCGCUUAACCGAAAAAGCUUUUCCAACCGGAUGCGUGUCCCGAGAUCGAUAUGACCGAUGUGUGAAAACACGUUUGGCACGUGAUAAUGCAAUGACCCUUUUGAAGUCAAUUGAAAACCCACUUAGUACCUGGCGUAAACUGUUUUCUCUCCCUGCUACAAAAGCGUCAACCCGUCGAAACGCAUUUGACCUUCUGUCUUUGUCAUGGCCGCUGGACGGAGAUAACGGCGUCACUGUGGCACUUAUAGAUUCUGUUUUGGGAGAUGGUCGACUGACUCAUUUGACAUCUGAUCUACAACUGUGCCAAAGGCUUAAGAUUGAAUCGUUGUACGCGGAUGCCAUUGAUGAUCAAGAAGAAGACGCCGUACAAAUCCGAAACGAAGAAGCUCUCGCUAUACCAGAUGACAUCGAUUAUUCAGAGAGUUCAAUGUCUCUGUCGAACGAGGAAAGAGGCAAACUCAUUGAAGCACGCCCACUAACGAUUGGUGCUGCCUCGCGAAUUUCAGGAGUUACGCCCGCUGCGAUUCUUACAAUUCUAAAGUAUCUCAACCGGAGAAAGCGCUCUGCGGUAAUAUAUUCUUGAUCAAGAUAAUGACUGAAAAUGCUUUGUAAUGAACCUUUAGGAAAUAGUAAACAGGGGAAAGAGCCA